CAUUGCUCAAGCUAAACAAUCUCAAAGAGUGGAAGAAGUACGUAGGAUAUUCAACAGUUUGAGCUGAGAGAUGACGUUAUCUGAAACUGUGAAAGGGAAAUUGAGCUUGGGGGCAAGAAUUCUUCAAGCAGGAGGAAUUGAAAAAAUCUUCAGAAGAUAUUUCUCUGUCAAUAAAGGAGAGAAGCUUCUGAAAGCCUGUCAGUGUUAUCUAUCAACAACAUCUGGUCCUAUUGCAGGAUUGCUCUUCAUUUCUAGCGAGAAAAUUGCAUUUCGAAGCGACAGACCUAUAAUAUGUACUUCUCCUAAGGGAGAUUUGAUCAGAGUUCCUUAUAAAGUUUCGAUUCCAUUGAGGAAGAUAAAGAGAGUUUGUCCAAGUGAGAAUGUGAAUAAGCCGAAUCAGAAGUAUGCUCAGAUUGUUACAGUUGAUGGUUAUGAGUUUUGGUUCAUGGGUUUUGUGAGUUACCAGAGAUCUUUCAAGUAUUUGCAGCAAGUAAUCUAUGAAUCAGAGAUGAGCUCCUAGCAUCAAUGAGACUUAUUUCUAAGAGAGUUGCACAUAAACAGUCUUGUAAUUUUAGUUAGACUAGAGGGUCAGUUCAGCACCAUCCUUGAACAACGAUAGCCUGUUUUUGUUUAUCCUUUUGUAUAGUGAGAUCGUGAUGUGCUAUUUCUUGUAAACUUCAUUUAAUGAAAUACUAUACUUUG